GUGCCAACCCGGGGCGGCCGUUCAGGACAACGGCCGUGUAGCGACAUCCGGGAGCUGCCAGUUGUGCCGAGGCACCAGCAGAGGGGUAACGCGCUCGGCUCGGCCCUGCAACUGUGAGUCACGCUCGCUCGGCGACCACAUCCCGUGAUAACGCGUCGGCCGCAGUUGAUAGCUAGCAGUCGCCCCGGCCAGCAGUCCAGGCUUGUCGCAGUCGGCUUCGGAGUACCCUGCGUGACGAGCCCGCCACCAGCGAAGCAACCAUGGCCAUGGACGGAUGCGGCAACUGCCUGAAGUACACCUUCGGGUUCGUCAACCUGGUGAUCCUGAUCUGCGGCGGCGUGCUGCUCGGGGUCGGCAUCACGGCCCUCGUCGGCGACAAUGCGCAGCUGAACAACCUGCUCGACUUCGACAUGUACACGGGCGUGGCGAUCGUCAUCACAGUGGCAGGAGGCCUGAUCGUGUUCAUCAGCUUCCUCGGCUGCUGUGGCGCCUUCCAGGAGAGUAAGUGCCUGUUGGGUACGUUCUUCUGCCUGGUGCUGAUCCUGUUCGUGUUGGUCGGUGCCGGCGCGAUAGCCGGAUUCGUGCUGGGCGGCGACAAGUUGGUGAAUAAAAUCAGCACGUCCAUGAAGGAAUCCAUGAACAAGUACAACUCGGACGACGCCGUGCGGAACUCCUGGGACUUCCUCCAGGAGAACUUCCAGUGCUGCGGCGUGGACCAGCGCUCCGACUGGGCGGCUGUGAUGGGCAACAAUCGGGUGCCACCCUCCUGCUGCAAGAAGGACAGCAACGGCAAUCGCAUCAGUUGCGACGCGAGCAGCAACUCCUACGAGAAGGGUUGCGUACAGGAGAUGAGAGAGUUCAUCUCGGAAAACAGCACGCUGUUCGGAGGCAUCACGAUAGCCGUGGCCGUCUUCUUGCUGCUCUCCAUGAUCUUCGCCUGCGCCAUCAUGAAGUCCAUCUUCUAGAGCAGCAUGCGGCAGUCUGCGCCGAGAUGGCACAUCAUUCGCAUCGCGCACGCCGAUGGCACUGCACCGCAGGGCGUGUCCGGAAUCUGAGACCCAGCAGUGUGGGUGCGGCGUCAGCGGGUCGCUGGUGCCCGUAUGCUAUCUCAAAAGUCCAGCGGGGUGCUCACACCUUGUACGUGUGAAAUAUGGGACAUAAGUUUGAUCUGGAUGCCGACAUGACUUCCAGUUAGUCCAGUUGAUGCCGGUGAUCAGAUUUGAGUGCUACACACGAUACAUGCGUAUUUACGACUACCUGCUGUCUAUUUUAUAACUGCGCGCAACAAGGAAGUUAGAAUAGAUCACAAGCUGUGGUAAGGUCGACAGGCUUCAGAUAUGUCGCAGUUGAUUUCGCAAAGAUGCUGUGCCUUUCUCCGUGUACUGAUUUGUUUCAUUAGUAACUGCCUGUCUCGUCGCUCAGAAUGUUUAACACGGUUGGUUACGUCUA